GGAUUUCAGUGUUGCACUGAAUUUUGGUGUUAUUCUUAGAGCUUUGAAAAGUAAAGUUAUAUAGUUCGAUGGCAGAUAUGGCAUUGACAAACAAAAAAAUGUUGUUUUUAUGUGUUUGUUUUCUGCUCUUAUCAAGAUACGAAACAAAGAGAGUGGACUGCAGAAAAUAUGUGUUUGCUCCCAUCUGCAGAGGGGCCGCCGCUAAACGAGACAUACAAAAGUUUGAACCACUUGUCGAACCGAGAUCUUUGAGAUACAAACCAAAUGGGGAGAACCUUUUUAAUAUCAAAACUUCGAAAACAAUAGACGCAGAUAUUUUUUUCGAUAGAAAUUUUUUGGAUAUUUUACUACAGAAAAUCUCGGUUUCAGAUACUGAUUUAAGAAAUUAG